AUGGGCUUUGUACUCCACAUCGACGGCUACUCGCGUACCAAGCAGGAGCUCCCCACCGGCAAAUCCAUCAAGUCUCGCCCUUUCAGAGUCGGGGAUCUCUCCUGGCACGUCAACUACUACCCCAACGGCCAGACCUCCGCGUGCGCCGAGUUUGUUUCCGUCUUCCUCCACCUCGAAGGGAGCGUCGCGGCGCCCGUCAAGGCGACAGCCGUGUUCAGCCUGCUCGAUCCGGCGGGGAAGCCGAAUUGCAGUUGCAGCUGCGCCAAAACCGAGGAGCUCCGCGCGGAGGACAGGAUUGCCCGCACGUCUCUUGUGGUGGUGCCACCGUCUGAUCUCAAUCAACAGCUUGGUAAUCUCCUCACGACUGAAGAUGGUGUCGAUGUCACGUUCCAAGUUGCUGGUGAGGCAUUCAAGGUGCAUAGGUGUCUUCUUGCUGCGCGGUCCCUAGUCUUCAAGGCACAGUUGUUAGGCGGGACGAGGGAGAGCAUCACCGCAGGGGAUUGCAUCCGGAUUGAUGAUAUGUUACCUCAGGUGUUCAAGACUUUGCUACACUUUGUCUAUACUGACUCAUUGCCGGAGGCGGAGAUGGAGGAGCAAGAAAAGGCUAUGAUGGCUCAGCAUUUGUUGGAAGCUGCGGACAGGUAUGAUAUGCAGAGGCUCAAGCUGAUUUGA